AUGCCCGACUUGUUCGAGGGCAAUGAUGGGUCCCCCCAACAGGAAGAGCCUCCUUCUCCGCUCCAUGCAGCAAUUGAUGCUGAAGAUGUGGACCAGGUGCGCCAAUUGGCUGCUACUGCGGACCCUGUCGAUCUGGCUGCGGCUCUGGCUCGGUCUUGCCAAUGCGGUAAAAUACUCAGCGCCCAGGCUCUGCUUGAGACCGGGCGAUGUGAUGUCAACACGCCGGUGGAUGGAAACACCUUUUUAUUCUUGGCCGCCGAAAAGGUCCAGUUAGAGAUAGUCAGACUCCUGCUUCAGCACGGAGCCGAUGCCAAAAUCAGAUCCAAGAAUAAGCGGUCUGGAGACAAGCCACCAGCUUUUACACCCCUCCACGGAGUGGCAGACAGCCUGCGCCCCUAUGAGAAGUUGGAAGACCUGCCUCGCUACGAAGAGCUGAUGCAGGCGCUGCUGGAUGCUGGGUGUGAUAUCAAUGCACAGGAUGCCCACGGAAAUACUGCGCUUCUGCUCUCCUUACACAAGGAGAUCCCCUUAGUUCCAUUUCUCUUGCAACAUGGCGCGGACCCAAACAUCGCAGAGGAUCGGGGAGGCACGUCUGCGCAUUUCCUCCACCACCCCUUAAACCACCCAGAAUGGUUCAACGACCUGAUGGCGCAUGGAGCUCGCCUAGACAUUUUUCGAAAUGAAGAUGGCCAUACCCCGCUACAUGCCUAUGCGGCUCAAUGGCAGCUGGGCGACCUCUCACUGUUUAAGCCCUUUGUGUCGGAUUGGGGGAUCACCGACGGAAAGGGCAACACACUUCUUCAUAUUGCCGUCGCGAAACAUCACCACGGUAGUAACACUGUGAUGGAACUGCUGAAGCUUGGAAUUGAUGCCAACCAGGGGAAUCAUGAAGGGCAACAGCCAAUUCAUAUGAUCGAGGGGUCCGAAAAAGAUGUCCAGGAUGUACUAGACAUUCUUUGUGCAGCUGGGGCAGAUAUUGAGGCCAAAGACUAUCGCGGAUGUACGCUUCUCACCAAGGCCAUGCGCGGCCACCCGCAGUGGAAUUGUCGCGAGCUUCUUCCCUACCUCAUCAGCCGCGGAGCGAAUAUCAACGCGCAGGAUUAUAAAGGCAAUGGGGUACUCUCUUAUCUGAUCAAACCAUACCAUUUCGAAUCCGAGUACCUGGAUUUUCUACUGUCCCUAAGGGCAGAUCCGAAAAUGGUAAACUACGAAGGAGACACUUUCCUGCAUCAUCUCGCGGCCAAUUUUGCUACAAUCGACCAAGAGAAAAUUGCUUUGGUCAUGAUUCGACUUAUCAAUAUGGGGAUCUCCCCGACCUUUGCCAAUUUCCGAGGCCGAACGCCUCUGCAUAUGCUAUGCACCCAGUCCUCAGACCAUUUGUUCGCGGCGACCGCACAAGGAGGCAAGUGUGCUAUCGACCUACUUCUAGAUGCGGGUCUUGGCGUCGCUCUAAACAUGGGUGAUCACCAGGGAAUUCGACCUAUCCACCUUGCUGCUGCGGUUUCGGAGCACCUGGUUGGUAAACUACUCGCUCGCGGGGCUGAUGCCACAGUUUUAACAAAGGAUGGCCGCAACGUGUUGCACAUUGCCUCAACCGCACGCCAAAGUAACUCCGUUGGGCUAAUUUUGGACCACUGUGACUCCGAAAAGCUGGGUUCAAUGCUCAACGCAUGCUCGAAUGAUGGGCGAACGCCGCUGCAUGUCGCCUGCCGCUCUGGAAGGCUGGAGACAGUGAAUCUCCUCCUCGCAUACGGAGCAGACGUCAGCAUCGAAGACAAGCUCAACCGUAGACCUCUAAAUGCAUGCGUCGAGUCCAUUACCGAAGACAAACUCUGGCAAGAGGCUGACGAUCAAGAAAAUAUGAUGAACACGCGCUCUGCGGCAGGGAUUUUGGUAGAAGACAACAACCGGCCGACACAGCCCACAUCAAUGGCGAAAAAUGCGCGUCACAACGCCAAAAGUUUGGGGUGGAAAGGAGAAAUCACAUCUGAAAGUUCGACAAUCGGCAUUGGACGAAUCGUACGAGCAUUGGCAUCUCAUGGAGCCUUGGGAUAUGAAAAGAAAUUUGGCAAUGGUCUCAUGUAUCAUGCGGUUCACGAGGGAAAUGAGGAAAUGGCUGUGGAGCUUGACCGGGCAUCGCGAGCAAUGGGCCUUCAGGCGGAAGCUCAUCGCCCUCUUAUGACUGAAUACUAUCUGCUGCGCUCUCAACACCUACCAGACCUCCUCGAGAAUCAGUUCAAGGAGUAUGCUUCUGAUCAUAAUGUGCUCCCAAUGAUAUUGCACGGCCACCAUGAGGAGGUUGCACAGGCGCUGGAGAAGAGCGCUUCCGUUAUUCAGGAUAAAUCUGGCAUGCCCGAGGUCAUGACCUCUCUCGCGAGGUGGGGAUUUUCGGAGCUCUUUGGCCGGAUUGGUAGUACAAUGUCCGGGGACUGGAUAAACGGCGGUGAUACCAAUCAUAUGGGCCAAAAGCUCACUCCCUAUCUUCUGACGGCUGCUCAGCGAGAGCUUCCUAAUCUGGAUGUCAUUAAAGUCAUGGUCGAGAAGUUCAAGGCGAAUGUUAACAUAAGAUAUAAACAAGAUAUGGUUGAUAAACCCAAGGUGAACUAUCAAUCAAAAAUGGCGCUGAAUAGGCAUUACAAGCCGGGUGACACAAUUCUUCAUCAACUAGCCCAGGGAACGCACUGGUGGUAUGAAGAAGCCAUUCGGUACCUCCUGGCACAUGGUGCUGACCCUGAUGCCCGAAACGACCAGGGCAAGACUCCUUUAUGCAAUGCAGUUUCACGGGGAGAGCUGGGCGGCCACCGCCAGCUCGAAAUCACUAGAAUAUUGCUGGAGGGUGGUGCCGACCCCAACAUCGCCGCGAGGUGUGGCUACACUCCGCUGGCCAUGUCCACGCAUGACACGCAGCUGUUCCAAUUGCUGAUCGAACACGGAGCAUACCCCUCUCAAGGUCACCCCAUGGAACUCUUCACCGCAUUGUCUAGUUUCAACAAAGACGUGUUCUCCGCUCUCUUAGACAUGGACCUCGACUGCAACAAGACAGUGUUAUCUGACGCGCAGUCACAUUGGCACACCGAUCGUAUGCAAAAGAUUCCGGCAAACCGCGGACUGAUCCUGCGUCCUCUUUUUUACAUCUCAACGCUACCAUUCAACGAAGCCAACUCCCGCGACCACGCCUGCAGAAUGAUUCGACUCUUGCUAGAAGGCGGCGCAGAUGCCUUCCUGCCGUGCGACAAGAGCGAAGUGAUUCUACACCAGAUUUUUGCCAGCGGGGGAAUCAUCCAACCAUGGCUAGAUAUGUCUGACCUUGAUCUCGAACGGCGUGAUUUUGCAGGAAAGACGCUGCUACUGGCAGCAGCGUGCUCUACGACUGGAACGAACUCGUAUGCAUGCACGGGCUCGGUGUACCUCCGAGCUGGAAAUAUUGGACCAGCGUCCUGGACGGAGGGAGACCCUACGCGUGCGAUGACACUGUAUGAACGGGGAGCGGAUUUGAGGGCAUUAGAUCACGAGGGAAACAACGUGUUGCAUUAUCUGGCUGACAUUGACUGCUCUCAAGAUCGCUUUGCGGUGAUUGAGGUUGGACGGACUUUGGCGUUGUUUGUGGAUAAAGCACCAGAGUUGGUACGCCAGACCAAUGUGCAUGGGCAGACGCCCUGGUCUGUCGCGGCGGAGAAGAACUCUGAGGAGUUCAUGAAGAUUUUGAAGAUAGAUGAUGUGCGCGCGGAGUGA